AUGGAGCACAGCUUUGUGCAUGAUGUCAGCAUGUCCUCAAUCCAAUCAGAUGCCAAAGAUCCCAGCUUUGUUGUUCCGAGUUCAACUUCCACUUCAACUCCAACUUCAGAGGAAAAUGAGGAAAUAGGAACAUGGCAGGAAAAGAAAUGGUUGGUCAACCAGUCCAGGCUGAUGCAGCUGUUUGAAACCUGCCAUCAGUGUGGAGGGGGGAUAAUGGAACCAAGCAUCUCGUCUGCUGGGAGCCUCAUAAGGAUAAAAUGGGACUGCCAAAAUGGACAUAGUGGGCUGUGGAGUUCGUGUCCUGACGUUCGUGGGAUGCCAGAGAACAAUCUUCUUGUUGCGGCAUCUACACUUUUCACUGGUGCCACAUACACAACCAUUGCUGAUUGGGCUGAGCUGCUCAACAUCCAGCUGCCGAAGAAAUCUACAUUUUAUUCAAUCCAGUCAUCAUAUCUCAUCCCUGUCACUGACAUCAAGUACAAUGAGCAACACAAGGCCAUCAUGGAACGUCUGCUUCAGACACAAUAUGUGGUGAAAGAAGGAGUGCAUGUGUCGGGAGAUGGGAGGUCAGACAGCCCAGGCUUCUCUGCCAAAUACAACACCUACAGCUUCAUGGAGGACACAACCAAAGAGAUCAUCCUCUUUGAGUUAGUGCAGGUGACCGAGACAUCCAGCUCUACAGCUAUGGAGCCAGUGGGGUUUCGGAGAGGGCUGGAUUAUCUCCUGGAGGAAGGUGUGGAGGUGGAGGUGGUGACCACCAACAGAUCACCAUCUAUAAGGAAGAUAAUGCGGGAGGAUUACCCAGAUAUUCAUCAUGAGUUUGACAUCUGGCACGUUGUCAAGGGGCUCAUGAAGAAAUUACUGGCAGUGUCCAACCGAAAGGACAACCGUGACCUUCAGCCUUGGAUCAAAUCCAUUUGCAACCACUUGUGGUAUGCUUGUGCAUCUUGUGGAGGUGACCCAGAGGAUUUGAUAAAAAAGUGGCAGUCGCUACUUUAUCACAUUUGUGGUGUGCACCGUUGGGAGGAGGAUGGAGAAGAGAAGACAUGCCAGCAUGCUGACCUCAGUCCAGAGCAACAGAGAAGAAAGAGGUGGAUAAAGAAAGACUCCCCUGCCUUCAAAAUCCUAUCAUCCAUUGCCCUGGACAAGGGUAUCAUCAAGGACCUGAGGCACAUGGCUCUCUUCAAACAUACAGGCAAGCUUGAGGUGUUCCAUGCAUCGCUACUCAAGUACACAGAGAAGAGACUUCAUUUCCACGACUCUUCCAUGAGAGCUCGCACACAGCUUGCCAUAAUGGACCACAAUGAAAAUGUUCAGCGUGAACAGGCCACCACAGCUUCCGGGCGUCCAAGAUUCAAUGUGGUUUUCCCCAAAGCAACAAAAGAUUGGGUUGCCAGAAAGAUCUACCUGCCUACAACCCAGACCUUUCGGAAAAAUCUGGUGGUCGAAGCUCUCCAGCGACGCCGGGACUCUUCUGUCAAGUUCAAGGACCCCACAUCCCUCCAGCCCAGCCCUAACCCAGCCCAGCAAAAACUCAGCCCAGUCCAGCCCAAAGCCCAGCACAGUCCAGAAGAGCCCCACCCAGCCCUAACCCUGCCCAGUCCAGAAUAG